AGAGAGAGAACAACUGCAAAAAUGGACCAAACGACUGACGGCGUCGGAAUCAAAAUCUACAAUAAUGCAGUCUACGGGGAUCCACACGACGACGAGUCCACCAAAUCACCACCAAAGCCACCGCCACCUUCUUCUUCAUCUCAGCCUCUGCCCCUGCUCCGACUGAACCCGGACCACUUGCACGGCCGCAAACGGCGUGCCGUUGCCAAAGGGGUCCAGAAAACCCUAUCCAAGACUUCAAUGCUGGCCAACUUUCUUCCCACGGGCACUCUCCUAACCUUUGAGAUGGUUCUCCCCGUUAUCUACAGAACCGGGGAGUGCACGCGUGUCAGCACCAUGAUGACGUACGGGCUCUUGGGUAUGUGCGCCCUCUCAUGCUUUUUCUUCCACUUCACGGACAGUUUCCGUGGUCCGGACGGGAAGUUGUACUACGGGUUCGUGACGCAGAAAGGGCUAGCGGUGUUUAAGCCGGGCUUGAUGGUGGAGGUGCCGAAGGAGGAGAGGUACAAGUUGGGGCUGUCGGACUUCGUUCAUGCCAUUAUGUCCGUCAUGGUGUUCGUGGCGAUCGCAUUUUCGGACCGCCGCGUGACGGACUGUUUGUUUCCGGGGCACGAGAAAGACAUGGAUGAAGUGAUGGAGAGUUUCCCGUUGAUGGUGGGAAUCGUGUGCAGCGGCUUGUUUCUUGUGUUUCCGAGUACUCGCUACGGGAUUGGUUGCAUGGCUGCGUGA